AUGAAGCGAGGGGUGUGCGGGUCCCGGGGGGAGGCACGUUGCCAUGGUGCGAGAUCAGGCCACGUGCACGCGGCCAAUGGCGGGGCCGCGACCCCCUCGCCCUCUCGCCCCGCGCCGCCGCCGCCUCGCGCCGUGCACGCCGCGGCCCGCGCCUCGCCGUCGUGUCGUGUCGAGUGUCGUCAGCAGUCAACACUCGGCAGACAGCGCUCGGACCUCGCCCGUCUCGUCCUCACUCCUUCCCGGCGGGGCGAGGAGGUCACAGGAGAAGGAGCGUCUAUGGAGUAG